AUGGCCAACACACCCCACGGAGGCGUCUUGAAGGAUCUCCUUGCUCGCGAUGCGCACAUCUCAGCACAACUGGCGGAGGAGGCACUCACCCUACCUGACAUCAUUCUGACCGAGCGUCAACUCUGCGACCUCGAAUUGAUCAUGAACGGCGGGUUCAGCCCAUUGGAAGGAUUCAUGAGCCAAAAAGACUACGACAGCGUCGUUGAUACCUUGCGCUUGGCUGACGGCGCCCUGUUCCCGAUACCCAUCACUUUGGACGCAUCUCGAUCCGACAUCGACCGUCUCUCUUUGGCGCCUGGAAAGCGUAUCGCUCUACGCGAUCCACGCGACGAUCAGGCACUUGCUAUCUUGACCGUCAGUGACAUCUACCAACCGGACAAGGUCAAGGAGGCCGUGAAGGUCCUCGGUGCUGACGACCCCGCUCACCCCUCGGUUGCCUAUCUUCGGGCCAACGUCAAGGACCACUACAUUGGCGGCUCUGUACAGGCCAUCCAAUUACCCACGUACUUCGACUACGUCGCACUGCGUUACACCCCGUCCGAGUUGCGUGCCCACUUCAAGAAGCUGGCAUGGCGCAAGGUCGUCGCUUUCCAGACUCGUAACCCCAUGCACCGCGCCCAUCGCGAGUUGACGGUCCGGGCUGCCCGGCAACGACAGGCGAAUGUGCUCAUUCAUCCCGUCGUCGGUCUCACAAAGCCCGGAGACGUCGACCACUACACCCGUGUACGCGUCUACGAGGCCAUCAUGGCCAAGUACCCGAACGGCAUGGGCCACCUCGCGCUACUGCCCCUUGCGAUGCGUAUGGCAGGCCCCCGCGAGGCAGUCUGGCACGCGAUCAUCCGCAAAAACUACGGUGCAACGCACUUCAUCGUCGGCCGUGACCAUGCUGGACCUGGCAAGAACAGUGCCGGCGUUGACUUCUACGGCCCAUACGACGCGCAGGAACUCGUGAUCAAGUACCACGACGAACUCAACAUCGAGAUGGUGCCGUUCCAGAUGGUCACAUACAUCCCGGCGAAGGACGAGUACAUGCCCAUCGACGAGGUUCCCGCCGGCGUCGAGACCGCGAACAUCUCUGGUACCGAACUCCGCAACCGUUUGCGCACUGGCAAGCCUAUUCCGGACUGGUUCAGCUAUGCUGAGGUGGUCAAGACCCUUCGCGAGAGCUACCCUCCACGGUCGCAACAGGGCUUCGUCAUCCUCCUCACCGGUCUGUAUAACUCCGGUAAGGACACCAUCGCCCGCGCGCUCCAGACCGUCUUCAACCAGCACGGAGGACGCAGCGUGUCCCUCCUGUCCGGCGACACCAUCCGUUCCGAACUCACUCCCGAACUCGGCUUCUCGCCGGACGAGCGCAACAAGCACUUGCAGCGUAUCUCUUUCGUUGCUGCGGAGUUGGCGCGGUCAGGUGCCGCCGUCAUCGCGGCGCCUAUCGCGCCGCAUGAGGAAGGCCGCGCAUCGUUCAAGGCGGCGAUCGAGCACUCUGCUGGUGCGGGCGGGAACGUCUUUGUCGUACACGUCGCAACACCGCUCGAGCACUGUGAGAAGACGGACCGCCACGGAGUCUACGCUUCGGCGCGUCGCGGGGACAUCCAGGGCUUCCCUGGCGUUGAUGAUGUCUACGAGGCGCCCUCCAAGCCUGAUCUCACCGUCAGCGUCACCGAGCAGACGAUUCCGGAGGUCGUCCACUCCAUUGUCCUCCUCCUCGAGGCCACGAGUCUUAUCUAG